GUCAUAUUGGAUAUCAAUGCAGCAUUGCCAGAUGUGAGAUACAGCUAAUCUUAACAACGAUUUUCUCCAGAAAUAACGCUAUGGGGUUGUAGAAAGCACAGUGGUCCUGGGCAGGGAGCGAGGUGUUGCUUGGGGGAAGGGAAUAGAUAUGAACCUAAUCAGUCAGGUGCUGUGGCAGGGAGGACGGCGGGGAGCUGCCAUCAAGUCUGUCAACCCGGCCAGGCGAACUGUGACGCCAGCAGUAAAUACACUUGGGAGAAGAGGGUGUUGCAGAGCUCCCUUCCCAAGUGUCCUCAGAGGUCUCCAUACUGCCUUCGUCAGGAUGAGCGAGCAGAACGGCUUCCCGGAGGCGUCCUCUGUCCCUACGGCUGGUAUUAUCAUCAUUGGUGAUGAGAUCUUGAAAGGCCAAACUCGGGAUACAAACACCCACUUUUUAUCAAAGAAUCUACAUAGUUAUGGUGUAAAAGUUCAAAGGGUUUCUGUGAUACCAGAUGAUGUUCCAACCAUAGCAAGAGAAGUAGCCAAGUUUUCCAAGGCAUACACAUUUGUCCUAACAUCAGGUGGCAUUGGUCCCACUCAUGAUGACCUUACAUUUGAGGGCGUUGCAGCUGCUUUUGAAGAGAAAGUCCACCCACACCCAUUGUUAGUCAAGCUCAUAAGCGGGUUUUUCAAAACUGACGAUCUCAGCUCUCCAGCUAUGAAGAUGGCUCACAUUCCAGAGAGUGCAGAGCUUCACUUUGGAGAGGAUAAAUCAAAGGGUGUUAAAUCACGUUACCCAAUAAUUUCAGUGAAGAACGUGACAAUAUUUCCUGGAGUUCCACAUCUGCUUGAGAGAGCCUUUGCAUUACUGGGAGAGAAACUAUUCCACAGGCCUGGCAUGGGUUUCAAAGUCCAUCGUGUGUUCCUUACUGCUGAUGAAGUCAACAUUGCAACAUAUUUAAAUGACACUGUUGCCAAAUAUCCAUCUGUGUCUUUUGGCUCAUAUCCCAAGUUAUUUCAUAGUUAUUACAAAACUAAGAUUACUAUGGAGUCACUGGAUGAGGAAAUAUUACAGGAGGCUGAACAGUAUUUCAAAAGCCAACUUGAAGAAGGAACAGUGAUUGACUACAAGGAAGACACUGUCACUUCACCUUGGGACUACAUUGAUAAUCUUUCUGUUCUAAAUCCUUCACUGGAAACUCCACUUCAAGAAGCACUGGAUAUCUUAAACCAAUGUUUUGACAGAUACAGCCCUGAGGAAAUCUGCAUUUGUUAUAAUGGUGGGAAAGAUUGUCUAGUUGUACUACACUUGGCAUAUGCUAUAAUGCAGAAGAAACAUCCCAAGAACAAGCUUCAAGCUGUUUAUAUAACUGAACCCAAAGCUUUUCCACAAGUCACAGAAUUUGUACAACAUUCUGUAAAUAGGUAUGACUUGGAUUGUGAUAUUAUACCAGGGCCCAUGAAGGCAGCUUUAGCAAAGGUUCUGGAAAAUAGACCAAAGAUCAAAGCAAUGAUUAUGGGUACUCGUCGUAGUGAUCCAUACUCUGAUGAGUUAGAUUUUUUCUCUCCAACGGAUGAUGAUUGGCCAGCUAUGAUGCGGGUUAAUCCUAUUCUCAAUUGGAAAUAUAGUAAUGUAUGGGAUUUAAUUCGAGGCCUUUAUCUUCCUUACUGUCCUUUGUAUGACAGAGGGUAUACAUCUCUAGGAAGCCAAGACAACACACUACCCAAUCCUCUAUUGGAGACAAGAGAUCGCAUUGGUCAGGUUGUCUACCUUCCUGCAUACACUCUGAAAGAAGAGGACAUGGAACGUAAAGGUCGCAUCUCCAGUAAACACUGAAAAAUUUAGCAUGAUGAUAUUAGUAUUUGUAUUUUCACAUGAAAUUUUUGUCUAUGACUGUUACCUGACAUUAAAUUUCUCUAUAAAUAUUUCUACCAUUUAAGAUUUAUAUGAAUUUAGAGUGGACUUGGCUUCUUUUUUCCUCUUGUGAUUAUUAUUAUUAAUAUUAUUAUUAUUGUUAUUAUUAUUAUUAUUAUUAUUAUUAUUAUUUAUGUACUUUUUAAUCUCCUUUCAUUCUUCCCACUUUUUAUUAUUAUAUAUUCCAAUUUCUAUUUCAAGGCUACCUAUCAGGCACACUGAUAAAAGAUAGUUGCUUUGUACCUGAAACCUAGAAAACAUCCAGUUAAAUGGCAUGUAUAUCUUUAAAAUAUGCAAAACCCAUUUUAUUCAUAGAAGUGUGACAACCCAUUCUGUCUCUUCCAAACCAAUUUUCUGAAUUCAGUUGGUGGCUGUUUAUAGUAUAGGGAUUUCAUAAAGGAAGUAAAUCAGUCAUGCUGUAAAAAGUAAAAAGAGCAUUAUUAUGGAACCUUUAUGAGAUAAUAGAUAUAAAUUAAUGCUUGUCAUAGAACCUCCAAAAAAUUACAGACAUAAAUUAAGGCUCCAAUUUGUGUUUUACUUUUAGUCUUACUCAAUCUGAAAAAGUUAACAUUGCAUAUAUAACAUAUAUGGUCAUUGUUGAUGUUAUUUUGAAUAGGAAAUAUAUCUUUGGAUUUUACAGUUAUAAAGACUUAUUUAAAGACCAUUUCUUAAUGCAAGAUUAAAUUAUAUCAUUUCACUUAGUCUAUAUGAUUCAUAGCAUUUCAACAUUUACAAAUUUAUUGUGACAUAUUAUGAAAUGUCUUCAAAUUUUAUAAUUGUACUGUCAUUUAAUUACCAUUUCUUAAUUCUUUUCCUUGACUUCAGUCAUUUUAUAAUUGUUUUAUGCCAAGUUGAAUAUCAGAAGAAAAUAGACACUUUUGACAUGUAAUAAUUACUUACAUGUAAAGUCAGUAGCUACCUCUAGAUUUUGAUUGAGCUAUGAGAUUUUAUCAUUUUCCUUUAACUUAGCCCCUGCUAUUAAUUUCUCACAUCCAAACAUGUUAUUAAGUAGAGAUUAUAUAUGAAUUUAAUUUGUUAUAGUAACAUAUUUUUGUAACAAAUAAUCUUAUCAAUGUUAUUUUUUACAAGCAGAAAUAUUUUUAUAUUAUUUAAGAAAAGGGAGUCACGAAAUUAUUUCCCACUGUACUUAUGUUGCUUUUAAGUAAACUCAGGAGAAGUAGUGUGGUAUCUAAGGGCACUUGUUUAUGUUACCUCACUGUGUGCACAAGGUAAUUCUUUGGGUGUGUUAUUGGUGUAUAUAUUGUAGAGCUACAGUAUUGGUUAUUCUGAAAUUUAGUGUAUCAUUCAUAUGUGUCUUUUUCACAUACAAUGCAUGAAUAAAUACAUUAUAUAUCUGUAGUUGUUAAUAAGCUCUGGAGUAUCAGUAUUUACAACUGAUUAAUACUUCAUGUUUGUAAGUAGGGUUUAUAUUUCGGAUUUCUAGAAUAAACAAGGCAUGUCCUUUGAGAUUACAUAACCCAUCUACUUACACAAGACUCUUGUAUUGGUGUCUUAAAAUUUGGCCAGUGGCCAGUAAAGCAGUUUUGUUGGUGUGCAUUGGCAGUUCCCCUUUUACACGUAGCUUAAUCAGUACAUCAAGUACAACAUUAAGCACCUAAUAGCUUGUAGCAGUUUUAUAAAGAAAAGUCUAAAAUGAUAAAAAUGAAGGUUUCCCUUCACUAAGUACCUGUAUCCAAUAGGUACACUAAACAAAUGAUGUGCUGAUUUCAGAGAAAGACAAUUUCCCUCUGAUGAGCUGGUGGUACCAGUUAUGUCGUUAUACAGUGCCAUCCAUGAGUUGGUCCACCACAGCCAUUGCAUGAUUUCUUGCCAUCCAUGACCUAAGGGUUAAGACUUCUGUUUUUGUUUUGUUUUGUUUUGUUUUUUAAGGAAAAAUCUUGAUAAUGAAAGAUUGAGUUUAAAAAAAACAGUUUAGUAUUUUAUUAUUAUCAUAAUAUAAAGAUGUAAAAAAUGUCAAGUAAAUUGCAAAUGCAUGGUUACCUGUUGUAGAAAUUUCAAAAUCUUUUUGUAUUGUACUUAAUUCACAAUAAAUUUCCAUUUUUUGUAAGUACCAGCCAUGUAAAAAGUGCCUUAAAACCUUCAGUAGAUUACAUGUUCUAGCAUGUUUCCUUAAGAGAAAUGAUGCUAGUAUAGUCUCUGUUGGAAGUGAUGCUAUCACAAGCAAUAACCUACUUUGCACAAGUGAUGUAGGAAUAUACUGACAAUGUAAACUGAUGACACUUUGUAAUGUCUGUGUAGUUUGCUUCAGCAUUAUACAUGUAGCACAGGGAUGAUUUAACCAAAUCAAAAUAUUUCUUUAAUUCUAUAGCAUACAUGUAAAGCUAAUAUAGCAUACAUGUAAAGCUAAUUGCAAAGCUAAAAAUUAAGAUAAAACAAGUUGAUGAUUUGGUUAUUUAUAACAUUUAAAUACUCAUAUAUACAAUGUUCAAACUAGAUUUUUUUCAUGUAUAAAUGUUCUGAGAUAUUUUGUUCAAUAUAUACUUUCUUCAUCUCAUAUAUGACCUAGUUCAUGUUUCACACCAACUUGUGACUGGAGAUACUGUAGCAGAUAUUUUAAAGUUCAAUCUAAUUUCUGCAUUCUUAAAUUUGUUUCAUUAACUCAACCACCACAGAUUUAUGUUCUCACCCCUAUAGUUUUUCGUGAAUUUUAUUACAUAUAGAUGGCUCCACAUGUGCUCUGCUGGCAAGGAGUCUAUCAGUAGGCCUUAGUGACCGAUCCUGAUUUCCCCUUUCCUUGAGUUAGUGGGAAAAUGUGUUUUUCUUUUUAAUACAUUUGAUAUUGAUACUGUUGGUAUUGUUAUUGAUGUUAUGAUUAUUGAAUUAUUAAAGUCUUGGUAACCUUUAAGACAAUGAAAUAAGACAGAAGACCUUUUCCAAAAGUCAAGGAAAAAGGUAAACAGGUGAGAUAGGUCGGACUAAUAACUGACUCUGUGUAAAUACAAUAAAUAAACUUAUAUUAUAGUGAGCAUGGCAUGUAUUCUUGCCAUCCGUGCCUUUUGGGUUAAGAUGAAUAAUUGAGAUUUGGGUAGUUUCCGAUAACUGGAUACAUUAAACAAAACAGCAGCACCUUUUUUUAAGAAUGAAUCAGUCUGAACUAUGCAUUUUAUAUAAUAGUAAUCUGUCUCUAGCUCCAGGGGUUAUGAAUAUUAUGAACAUGUAAAGCAUUAAACUACUUGAUGUGGUACUGAUGUGUAAGCAGUUAACCUUCUGCUCCAGUCCUGGUCCUACUGUCAUACAAAUAUGAGUUACGCAUUUCAUCCCUGCAAAUAUUCAAUUUUGAAUUUACCUUUUUUACCACUUGAAUAAUAAUUGAUUCAUAAGGUAACUCUAGUCAGUGACCUUAUUAAUAAAAAUUGCAUCAUGCUUACUUAGUGUUACUGAUCUCAUAAUAUAAGUAUCAUGAUCUUUGUAUCAAUAGCCUCACUCAUCAACAUGAGAAUGGCAUGUAACACAGGUGUUUUGAUUUCUUGCUCUCCAAUACUGAAAAUUUUGAAGGGUAAAAGAAAUACACAUUCUCAGCUUCA